CCAGCGCCAGGCUCUAUCUCCCGGCAGAAAGUGCAGCCAUGAAUCCGUUAUUCGGCCCUAACCUCUUCCUCCUACAGCCGGAGCAGCAAGGCUUGGCCGGGCCUCUGGGGGACAGUCUGGGGGGCGACCCCUUUUCCGGAGGCGGGGACUUGCCCCCGGCACCAAUUGCGCCCGCUGGCUCAGCCGCCUUUUCGCCGCCCGGCCCGAGCCCCGCGCCUCCCGCCGCCAUGGCGCUCCGAAACGACCUGGGCUCCAACAUCAGUGUGCUCAAGACCCUGAACCUACGCUUCCGAUGCUUCCUGGCCAAGGUGCACGAGCUGGAGCGCCGGAACCGGCUGCUGGAGAAGCAGCUGCAGCAGGCGCUGGAGGAGGGUAAGCAGGGCCGGCGGGGCUCGGCGCGCCGAGACCAGGCGGUGCAGACCGGCUUCGCCAGCCCGGUGCGGCCGCUGGGGCUAGCCCUGGGCGCGCGGCCGGCCGCCGUCUGCUCCCCGGCGGCGCGCGCUCCGGCCUGCCCCUCACCGCCUUCCGCCACCGCGGCCUCAGCCUUCUCGUCGUCAGCCCGCUUCAUGCCCGGCACCAUCUGGUCCUUCUCGCACUCCCGGCGACUCGGGCCAGGACUGGAGCCCACGCUGGUGCAAGGGCCCGGCCUGUCGUGGGUGCACCCGGACGGGGUGGGCGUCCAGAUCGACACCAUCACCCCCGAGAUCCGCGCACUCUACAACGUGCUGGCCAAAGUAAAGCGGGAGCGGGACGAGUACAAGCGGAGGUGGGAAGAGGAGUACACGGUGCGGAUCCAGCUACAGGAGCGUGUGAAUGAGCUCCAGGAGGAGGCCCAAGAGGCUGACGCUUGCCAGGAGGAGCUGGCCAUGAAGGUGGAGCAGUUGAAAGCUGAGCUGGUGGUCUUCAAGGGCCUUAUGAGCAACAACCUGUCAGAGCUGGACACCAAGAUCCAGGAGAAGGCCAUGAAGGUAGAUAUGGACAUCUGCCGCCGCAUUGACAUCACCGCCAAGCUGUGUGACCUGGCUCAGCAGCGCAACUGUGAAGACAUGAUCCAGAUGUUCCAGAAGAAGCUGGUCCCAUCCAUGGGGGGGCGGAAGCGGGAGCGCAAGGCCGCUGUCGAGGAGGACACCUCCGUGUCAGAAAGUGAUGGGCCCCGCCAGCCCGAUGGGGAGGAGGAGGAGAGCACGGCCCUCAGCAUCAACGAGGAGAUGCAGCGCAUGCUCAACCAGCUGAGGGAGUAUGAUUUUGAGGACGACUGUGACAGCCUGACUUGGGAGGAGACUGAGGAGACCUUGCUGCUGUGGGAGGAUUUCUCAGGCUAUGCCAUGGCAGCAGCAGAGGCGCAGGGAGAGCAGCAAGAAGACAGCCUAGAGAAGGUGAUUAAAGAUACUGAGUCCCUGUUCAAAACCCGGGAGAAGGAGUAUCAGGAAACCAUUGACCAGAUAGAGCUGGAGCUGGCCACAGCCAAGAAUGACAUGAACCGGCACCUGCACGAGUACAUGGAGAUGUGCAGCAUGAAGCGGGGCCUGGAUGUGCAAAUGGAGACCUGCCGCCGGCUCAUCACUCAGUCAGGGGAUCGAAAGUCUCCUGCUUUCACUCCGGUCCCGCCUAGCGGCCCACCGCCACCGCCGCCAAGUGAGACUGAGGACCCCAAUCCAGAUAUCUCAUCUGACAGCUCCAUGAGAUAGGGCCCAACUAUGCCAGGGCCCCUGAUUCCUCACCCAAGAGGGGACAAUCACUCAUGUGUACCAGAACCAGGCCUGGCCCUGGGGCUUCUCCCUCCCGCACACUGUCCUGGGGCUCCCCACGGUAAUGAGGUGUCUGGAGCUAGGCUCAGUCCUCUUCCCUGGAUGGCUCCUGCCUUCGUGGGUGUCUGCUACUUCCCUGUCUUUACACGCUGCGCCCCUGCCAUCUCCAUCGUGGAAGGAAUGUGCACUGGUCCUGCCCUCCACUCUGGGUCUAGACUGGCUGUCUUUGGUUUUUGUUCCAGUGCAAAGAGGCUGGGGCACCGGUAAAAGCCUAUCCACCAGAGGUACCCUGAAGGCUUGUGCAGGACUUGCAACAGAGUGUAGGGAGGGGCUGGGUGCCCAGAGCUGGCCCCCAUCACCUGGCCUGGCCUUGAAGUCCAGGCUGGGUAUGGUAUCUUGGAGUUCUGGAAGCUCAUGCUACCUGUAAUCCCAGCACUCAGGAGGCUGGGGAAGGAGGAUCAUUGUGAGGUUGAGGCCAGCGUGGGCUAAGAGUUCAAGGCUGGUCUGGACUACAUAGCAAGACCAGCUUAAAAAAAAAAAAAAGGAAAAGAAAAAUGGAAGCACCACUGCUAGAUGACAGAGGUGACACUGUGCACAGGGGGCCUGCGCACAUUAAUGCUCAGGGUGUUUUCAAGUGUCAGCUGAAGUCAUGCCUCUCACCAGAACCAACUGGCCUGGACAAAGCUUGGCGAGCCAGAAGGUAUGCCUCUGAACACCUGCCUAGGAGGCUGCACAGAGCUGAUGUUUGAA